AGCACUCCUCGGGGAACCUUCUGCACAUAAACCUCCUUCUCUGUGUUUGCUUCUUAGGUGACCUGACCUGAGACCAUAUUAGUCAUUUCCACACUGCGCAUGGAGCUUGUCUGUGGAAAUGCACACCACCCUUCAAGGACUCCUGCAAGUCCGUGUACCCCACUAGCACUGACGGCACUGAGGGAAGAGGGUUUUUUCUGGAAGAGAGAAGAGGAGGGAGCAGAAGGAAAGGACCUCAGAAGCCUUCUACAGAAAGUCAUGGCACAUAACCAGGAGCUGUUAGCAGAGACCAACGUUAUCAAGUUCAAGGACCAAGACUUUAACUCCUUGCGAGAUCGUUGCCUAAGCAGGGGCUGGCUCUUUGAGGAUGAGACGUUCCCUGCCAUGGCUUCUUCCAUAGGCCAGAAGCUGCUCCGGGAAAAGUUUUUCUCCAACAUAGAGUGGAAGCGGCCCCAGGAUUUAUCCAACGGCUCCCCUCACUUCAUCCUGGAAGGUGUAAGCAGAUUUGACAUCCAACAAGGAAAGGCAGGAGACUGCUGGUUCCUGGCAGCGCUGGGCUCCUUGACUCAGAACCCACGGUAUCUGCAGAAGAUCCUGAUGGUCCAAAGCUUUUCACACCAGUAUGCGGGGAUUUUCCGUUUCCGGUUCUGGCAGUGUGGCCAGUGGGUGGAAGUGGUGAUUGACGACCGCCUGCCUGUCGUGGGCAAAGAAUACCUCUUUGUGCAUCCACGAAAUGACAACCAAGAGUUCUGGCCCUGCCUGCUGGAGAAAGCCUACGCCAAGCUGCUCGGAUCCUAUUCCCACCUGCACAAAGGCUACCUCCCGGACGCCCUGGUGGACCUCACGGGCGGCGUGGUCAGCACGAUCCACCUGAGCUCCUCCCCUUCCCACCUGCUGACGGUGGUGAAGACAGCAGCCAUGGAAGGCUCCCUGAUGACCUGUGCCACCCCAAAGAGGGACACAAGCUCGGCGGUGAUGGCGAACGGGCUGGUGAGUGGGCACGCCUACACCGUGACCCGGGCCGAGCAGAUUCAGUACAGAAAGGGGCAGGAGGAAAUUAUCUGCCUGUGGAACCCCUGGGGCAAAACCGAAUGGAAAGGGCGCUGGAGUGAUGGGUCUCGGGAGUGGCAGGAAACCAGUGACCCACGGAAGAGCCAGCUGUAUGAAAACAAGGAGGAUGGCGAGUUUUGGAUGUCAUGCCAAGAUUUCCAAAAGAACUUCUCUCAUCUGUCUAUAUGUACCCAAACUCCAAUCACUCUGGACUAUGGAAACACACUCCGUGAAAGAUGGUCCCUGAAGGUGUUUAUGAACCAAGUGGUCCUGAGAAACACGCCAGGGGAACUUCAGAGCAAAGCUCAUUACCUCUUCUACGUGCAAGAGCAAACCGAAGGCACCAACGUCGUCGUGUCUUUCACAGUCACUGGCAUGCCACCAAGUAUGGAAGCGGAAAAGGAGCAAUUUCCACUAAACUUCCAGGUGUUCCAGUUUCAUCCCACAUUUAGAUCUCCUGUCCAGAGUAUAAAUUAUCAACAUUCAAAGCGCAACUUCACAGCAUCCUUCCAUCUGAACCCUGGGACCUAUGCUGUGGUCCCUAAAAAACAGAGAUAUGAAACCGGGUUCUUGCUUCGAAUCUUCCUGAAAAUGCCAGACAGUGACAGGAGCCAGAGAAGCAAUUUCGGCCCCAGAGCACUGAAGGAAAGUCCUUCAGAAACUGGCUCCCAGCAAAGCAUUUUCUACAGAUACGCUCAGCAGGGACAGGAAAUAGAUGCCACCCAGCUCCAGAGCCUGCUCAACCAGGAACUCCUGACAGGACCCCCGGGGGACACCUUCUCCUUGGACCAGUGCCGCAGCAUCCUGGCUCUGAUGGACCUGCAAGUGAAUGGGCGGCUCAACCAAGAGGAGUUCACAAGACUGUGGAAGCGCCUUGUCACCUGCCAGUGUGUUUUCCAGAACAUCCAGAAGAGCCCUGGAGUCCUCCUGAGCUCAGACUUGGGGUCGGCUAUAGCGAAUGCAGACUUCCUUGCAGGGAUCUCCAUCAGCGACGAGCUGCUGGGUCUCAUGACCCUCCGGUACAGCGACCCGGCCCACAGGGUCAGCUUCCCCAGCCUGGUCUGCUUCCUGAUGCGGCUGGAAGCCAUGGCAAAGACGUUCCGCAACCUCUCCAAGGAUGGAAAAGGACUCUACCUGACAGAGACGGAGUGGAUGAACCUGGUCAUGUACAACUGAGGCAGGAUGUGGAGCCGACCCCACGGUACAGGACAAGCUCCCAGGGAUCACUGAAGCAUUGGCUGUCAUUGUAAGGGGCUGGGCUGUUCCUGUGGCUGUGUGUGAUACAUCCGAACCUGCCCUGUGUGAAACAGAGUCCACACCACCUUCCAGGAGCCUGGGUAGGGUCCCAGGCUGCCUACCAGGUCAUCUGAGCACUUCAGCACACCAGCCUGACCCCCUGGAGCAUGAAGCAAGAUGUUUCCUCUCAGCCCCCUCCAACCAGUUGGAUCCAUUCCUUGGAAGAGCCAGAAUGAGCCAGUUUGCCCACACUUGGGGUGCUGCAGUGACGUGGGAGCCGUCCCCUGGGCGUCUGCAGAAUAAUCACACUCUCCAGUGUCUGAGUCCUGAUUGUUUCACAGAAUAAUAGUCAAAUAAAACAUGUUCUC